AAUUUCUUUCUAUAAUCAUUUUUGGCAUUGUGAUUUGGAACAUUUUGUAACAUCCAUCAUGAACAAAGUUUCUCUAGUUUCUUUUCUGUUAUUUGGAGUUGUGAUCUAUGCAGUUGCAGGACCUCUCAAAGACUCCAAUAUAGCCUCAAAAGUCAGAGGAUAUAGUAGCGCUUAUAGUCCUGUCUAUUCAUCACCGAUGUAUUCCACUCCUUAUGAAAGUCCUUCUUAUCCCUCCUACACUACCUAUCCUUGGAUUGAGCCUUGUGCUGAAGCUUGUGCUGGAUGUCUCUAUUGCUAUCAACAAUACAAUUUCUAUUAUCCCUACGGUCUUGAUAUCCUCUACUGCAACAACUUUGACAAAUAUUGUCCAUCUGGAUACGUUCGACCAACUCCUUAUCAGUCUUCAUCUUAUUCUCGUGGAGCUUAUAGUUCAUCAUCAUCUUCCUAUGCAACUCCAACAUACUCAUCUUCUUCUUAUUCGACUCCAAUGUAUACAUCUUCCUAUUCAACCAAUACCUACACUUCUUAUGAAACUCCUCCUAUGACUUAUUACUAUCCAGAAUGGUAUUUGGAAUGUUAUCAAUGGUGCUUCGAAUGUCUUUUGUGCAACUUGGAAUAUGGUUUUUACUACAUUCAAGAACCAACUCCUACUCCUUAUUAUCCAAGUUACUCCAGUUCUUAUCCGAUGUAUAGUAGCAGUUACAGCAGCUACAGCAGUUAUCCAUCUUAUACAACUAGUGCGUAUAGCUCAUAAAAUGAAGAUGGACUCUUAGGCGAAGGAUGCCAAUAGAUUGUCAUCAUUUUGUUUGUUCAGAAUAAACCGAAUUUAAUAUGUUUCAAUUUCUUCUAUUUUCUGUAGAAUUAUAGAGGACAAUUUCAUUACUGUGUUUCUUUAUUUUCUGGUACUAUGUUUUGAUGACGU